CCCAGAAUAUACCCAUGCAGACACAGAAAAAACAUGCAAACUAUUAUACAAAAUGCGCUGCUGUUGAUCCUGGAGAGAGAUGUAAAGACGCUACAUACAAACUCUCUACAUGCAAUAAGAAAAAAAGUGGAUACAUUCUAAGUUUAAAAGACAAGACAGAUCAGUGGACGUGUGUGACCUGCAAUAAAACAAAUACUCCUUGUAGUCAAGGGAACAAAACUGCCUGUAUCAAACAACCUGAGACAAAUAUCAGUCUACCUGAAAUUAUUAAAGACGAGGAUGGAUUUAUUGAUCCUGCAAAAGCAUCAGACGCCUUGAACAAUAUGACGUCUCUGGUGAAGGAGAUGGAAAAAGAUAAACUCAGUGCAGUGAUUGACAUGGGGGAUGUUAUUGGUGUUCUCCAAAUACAAGCCAAUAACACAGAAACUGAAGACUUUUGCUACUCUUCAGAUCAGAAUGUGAUGAACAUUCUUGACUGUCAAAGUGACCUGGAGACAGAUUCUCCCUGGUCUGUAAAGAUUCCCAGUGAGGCCUUUGAUAAAGCACGUCUGGAAAGAAAUGAAAGGGCAUUUGUUGGAGUUUUGCGGUUCAGAAACAUGGGAAAUACGAAUUAUACUAAUAUUUUGAACAAUGAGAGUUACGGAAUAACGAUGGGGGCCAAAAUCUCCAAUCUUACCGACGAUAUUGAGAUGUCCAUUAAACAGAAAAAUAUGGCAAUAAAGGUUGGUGAAGCGUCCUGUGUUUCUUGGGAUGGCAAAGGAGAACUUAAAUGGACAACGUCCGGCUGUGAGACAGAGCAAAUCAACAACACCAUACAGUGCUCCUGCUCACAUCUGACGUUCUUUGCAGUGCUGAUGAUCCCUCAGUCAGAUGCAAAUGAAACAGCGCCGCAUCUGGAAUCAUUGACUCUCAUCACUUCUAUCGGCUGCGGAAUCUCCAUGUUUUUUCUGUCCAUCGCUUUAUUCAUGCAUUUCCUGCUGCGGAAAGCCAGAUCAAAUCAGGCCACGAAGAUCUUGAUGAACAUGUUUGUGUCUUUGUGUCUACUGAAUGCUGCGUUUUUGUCAAACGAGAGCGUCGCUAACACACAAGACAACACUGCGUGCGUCUUCAUAGCGCUGGUCCUGCAUUACUCCAUGCUGGCCUCAUUCACCUGGUUCUUCAUUCAAGCUCUUCAUAUGUACUUAUGGCUCAUCAGACAGAACGUCACCAUCACAAACUACAUGAGGAAGAUCACCGUGUUGGGCUGGGCAUUUCCCACUCCAAUAGUCAUAGCUAUUGCUUCUGUAGGAGAAUAUAAAACACUGAUCCUAAAAACAUCAUCUGAAAAAAUUUCACGAAUGUGCUGGAUUACAAAUCCUUACAUUCACUACAUAGUGAACAUCGGCUACUACGCUUUAGUUUUCAUCUUCACGACAGGAAUCUUCAUCAUCAUCGUCACUAAGGUCGUUCAGGCCAGAAUCAUAAGAGCGACUGACGGCAAGAGAAAGACGUUCAGAAAGCAGCUGAUGAUGGUGUUGAGUUUGUUCCUGCUCUUCGGUCUGACGUGGUCUGUGGCGUUCUUCAGUUAUGGAGCGAUGAUCAUUCCCUCAUAUUACAUAUUCACUGUGCUCAACUCGUUUCAGGGGUUUUUCCUCUUCCUGUAUUACUAUCACAUUCACAAUGACGUUGCUGGUCGUUUCUCUGAUGAUCCAAGAAGCUCCGGCUCCACUACAACCGUGGUUCAACCCAACAUGAAUGGUCUGGAAAAUGUCUACAAAUAACCUAAUUAAAACUUAGUUAAUUAAAAUUAGUUUCUUAGACAGCUGAUAAGUUAACAGUAGACUGCCAGAAUACUAGUACAGUCAUAUGUACUACAAUAUUCAGUACAGUUUAAAAUGCGUGUUUCAUAAUCUUCUGUAUGGUGAUGGGAAUUUAACUCAUAAUAUGAUCGUAAGCGGAAUCAUUAGCUUUUAAGAACUUAAUUUAACAUGUAUAUAAUAUUGUAACUGAAAGCUACUUUACAAGUCUCAUAUUUUUGAUAUCUGUAAGUUUAGGGUAACUGUAAUUAAGGUUAUUAAAUAGAUAUUGUUUGACUAACUUAUGAAUGUUUAAACUGUAAUGAACAUUAUUUCUUUCAUUAUUAGAAUUUGAUGUGCUAGGAGUAAAGACGUCAGAUCUUCCAUCUAGUGUAUUUUAGGUACAUAUUUCUGACAGCUAAACACUGAAAAUCAUUUAACAAUAUUAAUAACAAUGAUAUUGUUUCUUUUGCAGUGGAUAAUGUUAACCAUUUUCUGCAUGCAUCUGUUAAUUAAAUACAAUAUUUUAAAUUAACUUGAUUUAUUUUGUCGUCAUACAUGUA